CUCUUCCGACUCCACAUGGUUGACUUUUAAGGCACAGAACUGUCUUGAAGCAAAACGGCCCUGAAAGGUUGCGAAAAAUAAUGCUACACAAUGACGCCCUCAAGUGGCGAACUGCAGUAUUACCUAAAAAAGGUUAAGUUUCGGUUUCCAAUCAGCAGAAACGACACCGAGCUUUUCCCUUUCCUGUUGGACCAGAGCCGCAGUCGCCUCUUGCCUUCAGGGCGGAAAGGGCUCCUGGAGAAGCUAUGGAGGCCCAAAUAUUACAGUUCAUCUGCGCUAAUCAAGGAGCAGUUGAUGUCGAGGAGUUGAUGUUCAACCUUUUCCCAGGGGAGUCCACGACUGAGGUGAUUUCCAACCAGAGCAAGUUUGCCUUGUGUUCCAGCAACGGGCAGCAGAGAGUGGUGGCCAGGACCAGCCUGAGACUGUGCAGGAAGAGAGACUGCCCGGGGACGUGCGAGAGUCUACACCUGUGUAAAAACUUCCUCUUCUCCGGCUCCUGUCUCUUCCUACAAAGAAAAGGCUGCAGCUUCCCCCACGUUCUGAACUCUGAGUACAACCAAAGGCUGCUGAGGGAACAUGAGCUGGAGGGCCUGAGCAGGGCGGAGCUGUGUACGCUGCUGCUGCAGAGCGACAACAGCAUGCUGCCGUCUAUAUGUUUUGAUUACAAUAACGGUGAUGGAGAAUUUGGCCGCUGUACGAGCGGCUUAGCUUGUGAAAGACUCCACAUCUGCGAGAAGUCCCUGACCCGAAGCUGCAGCUGCUCCAGAGCCCACGACUUCACUGCUUUUCAGCCGAAGAAGAUCCUGCAUGAUAAGAUGGUGCCCAACGACAUGCUUCGCUCGCUGAAGACCGUUUACGCAAAUCGAGAAGCGUUGAGGCUCUAUAACAGAGGCGAAGCUGUUCGGGGUCACAGGGGCAACUACAGCUCCAGCGACGGGCCAAAUUCAAGUCGCAGGCCGGGCCAUAGAGGGAGAGGUGGCAAUAGAGGCAACCGGGGUCCCAGAGGUAGAGGUAUGAGGGGCAGCAGGGGCAAUAGAGGAAGCUCCAGACAGCAACAAACAGCCACCCAAAGUGACCUUGUGGUGGACCUCGAGUCGUGGACUAUUGUCAGUGAAGAUGGACUUUAUGAAACCAAAAGUGAGCAAGGAGAUUUCAGGUCAUCCAGCAGUGACGUCUCUGCCGCUGGCAACGACUUCGAUUCAAGAAGUGACUGUGAUUUCAAUAUGGAGCAGAGGGAGUGGAACCGAGGAACGAGAGGGGGAGGGAGAGCUGGCCACAGGGUGUUCAGAGGAACCAGGGGCCCGAGGGGAAGCAGAGGGGGCAGCGGAAGCGGAGGUAAUCUCCUCACACAGCUACGAAGCACUUCCUUUGGUGACAUCUGGGGUGAGUUGCACGACCUAAGCAAGAGUCUUGUGGCGAGUUUUAAUUCGUCAAACAGUGACGUCUCUGCCGCCGCUGACGACUCCGAGGCGAGCAGCAAUAGAAAGAAAAAGCGCAGUCGAAGUCGCAAUCGGACUUCAGCGAAUAAAGGGAGAGGCGGCAACCAACCAGGGAUGCGAAGGGCGUCUGCCGACGAAAUGAUUAAUGCUGCUGGUGGCCAAGAGGGAAAUGGAGCAGAUGACCUGAAAGGCAGACAAAAAAACAAACCUGUCAAAGAUAAAACCGAGAUAUGCAUGUACUUCAUUAAAGGCUACUGCAAGCAUGAUGACAAAUGUUUUAAAGCUCACGACAAGAUGCCGUACAGAUGGCAGGUCCAGGAAGGAGGCCAGUGGAACGCCUUGCCUGAUAACGAGACAAUCGAAAAGGAAUACUGUGAUCCCAGCAACUCGUACAGCAGCGGGAGUCCGCCUGUUCAUUUUGACACCAUGACUCGUGGAGGGAACAAAGUGCGGCGGCUCACUACGGUGAACUCUUUGGUUGAGCCGACCUUCAUCCACACCACGGAGUGGCUCUGGUACUGGCAGGACGAGUUUGGAAAGUGGAACCUGUACGGUUCAGAUAACGCCGGAAGGAAAUCAUCAGACAUCAGAAGUGAAACUUUGGAGCAGAAGUUUCUGGACAAAGAGAGUGAAGUGGAGUUCUCUGCUGGCUCCCAGUCUUAUUCUCUUAGUAUCCAGGACAUGAUUCAAACUAACAAGCAUUAUGGUACUAAGAGGCUUGUGAGCAGACGUCCUCUGUUUGUCUCUGCUGCUGAUGUCCGAACCAAGAAAGUCAGAAAGCCUGCAGCAAAUUCUUCUCCUGUGCCAGACCACUGGGACAAGACGCAGAUCCCUUCAACAGGAUUCUCGAGAGUUGCUGUCCCGCGCACUUCGGAUGAAUUUCAAAAGAUUGAAGCACUUUUUCGAACAACCUUGAGAGGCUUCGAUAUUCUGAAGAUAGAGAGGAUUCAGAACAAAGCGCUUUGGGAAGUCUUUCAGUGGCAAAAGACUCAGAUGAAGAACAACAACAGUGGACGUGAGGUGGAAGAAAAGCAACUUUUUCAUGGGACUGACUCGAAACACAUCGACGCCAUUUGUCUCAACAACUUUGACUGGAGGAUCUGUGGAGUUCAUGGAACAGCUUAUGGCAAAGGAAGCUACUUUGCUCGGGACGCUAAAUACUCCCAUAGCUAUACUGGUGACUCUGAUGUCAAAACCAUGUUUGUUUCUCGUGUCCUGGUGGGGAGCUACACAGGAGGGGACCCCAGCUACGUCCGACCUCCUUCCAAAGACGGAGGAGACAUAAACUUCUACGACAGCUGUGUCAACGACAUCGCAAAUCCCUCUAUUUUUGUUAUCUUUGAGAAGCACCAGAUCUAUCCUGAGUACCUGCUGACGUACAAGACCACACACCCUCUGGUUGACAUAAUUAGUAGUACAUCAGCACAGCAACCAAAACCAGUGAUUGUUCCUAAACCAGUGAUUGUUCCUAAGCCAGUGCAUCAAGCCAGUAUGGCAUCGAAACAAACCAACUCUUCAUCACAUCAAUCCAGUGCCGCAUCAUAUCAAACCAGUCCAUCACCACAUCAACUCAUUACGGCGUUGAAUAACACCAUCUCUUCAUUACAUCAAUCCAGUGCCACAUCAUAUCAAACCAGUACAUCACCACAACAACUCACUACGGCGUUGAAUAAAACCAUCUCUUCAUUACAUCAAUCCAGUGCCACAUCAUAUCAAACCAGUACAUCACCACAACAACUCACUACGGCGUUGAAUAAAACCAUCUCUUCAUUACAUCAAUCCAGUACACCGUCAUAUCAAACCAGUUCAUCAUUGUAUACACCCAGUGCGGCGUCAAAACAAACCAGUACAACAUCACAUCAACCCACUACGGCGUUGAAUCAAACCAUCUCUUCAUCAUAUCAACCCAGUGUGGCGUCAAAACAAACCAGUACAACAUCACAUCAACCCACUACGGCGUUGAAUAAAACCAUCUCUUCAUCACAUCAUUCCAGUGCAGCGUCGUAUCCAACCCAUUCAUCAUCAUAUCAACCCAGUGCAACGUCGUAUCCAACUCGUUCAUCAUCAUAUCAACCCAGUGCAACGUCGUAUCCAACCCGUUCAUCAUCGUAUCAACCCAGUACAACCUCUUCACUGUACCAAACCAGACUUGAUUCCCAACGCACCUCGUCUGCAUUGUCCCCCUCAAAGCCGACCAAAAAAAAUGAUUCCUGUGUCAUAGCCUAAACACAGCUACGAAAUGGAAAAAGGUCUUAACAGAUAAGGGAGUUCGGUGAGGUUUUUUGUUUUUUUUUAACAUUGGUCAGAAGGGUAAAAAUAUGUCAGAAGGGGAAAUGGGCUUAAAAAUAUUCCACCCAUAUGUAGGAAAUAUUCCAAAAACAGAAGGAUAAAUAGAAAUACAUGCGAAUGCUAAAUUUACAGUGUAAUGGAAAUAUUAGAAAUGUUUUCAUUUUAAACAACCUAUUGCAAUGAUUUUUCAUUCAGUGCUUCAGUUUUCAUUGACAGGCCAAGUCAGAGAAACAGCAGCGUAUUCUUUAGGCGGUUGGUCGUAUUUAAAUACUCUGUUGACUGACGCUCAAAGCCAGACAAGGCUAAACUGCUGGCCUUUCACUGUGACAUACACUUUGUAUGCGAAGGGCAUCCAUCCAUCAGUGCCACAAACACACUACCGUCACCACUGGUGUUUGCAUCCCACCUCCAGCGUGCUUUUUAAGGCUAAACAGUGAAUUCAAGAACGAUACAGUGAAAGAAUCUUAUCCAGUAAACUAAAAAGCUAUUUGACGUUUCUAAAAAGAUGCUCAUGAAGGCAUCUUUUUUUUCUUUUUACAAAUUUGAAUUCACACAAAGACACUACAAGUAGGCUACAUUACCUAUACCUAAGCUGUGGGUGGCGCUGUAAUCUAGCUACGAUAAAACAAACACAUCAGUAAACACCAGAAGGCGACAUGGAGCAGGCGCAUAAAGUUUAUGCCGUCUAGCUAUUACAAUCGAUUUGAAAACAUUUAGUUUUGGAUUGCAACGUGAUAAACACAAUGUUUUUCAUUCUGACGCAUGUGUCCAGCCGUUAAUAAUCCAUUCCUUUGUGGACUAAAAGGCUGAAACAAUAAGAGCAAAAGUAGAGCGUUGUCAAAGCUUGUUCCCGCGUGAACGACAACCAAUGAGGAUUUAUUUUUGAGAAAGUGGACUCUUACUACUUCAAUGUAGGAGCAUCUAAUAACUCAGAUCAGACAAGUCCAGAAUUCUUGCGCUGAUUUGACUUGAGAAACACCACGAACAACAAGGUGGUUUCUCACCGCCCUAACUUAACACGUUGAAUAACGUACUAAGAAUCGUGUAUUCUGGGAUCAGGAAGCCACGUCGCAUUAACAAUAUCGAUGGUUGGCGCUUGGGAAAAGACCACGAAAGUAAAAAUGUCGUAUUGAUGAAUACAUUUUCAUUAAUAAGCAGUAGCCGUCAACGCCUUGAUUUGGGACGAUGAGUUUAAAAUGAGUGGAGAGAAUCGCUCAGGUGUUCCCGCCAAAUGUCAUGUUGCUUUAACACUAAUCGUUUCGAUGCUUUUAGAUGCGAAUAAAGGGAAAAACAAAAUAAAAAUGUAAACUUUAAAGUUCUUCCCAAGAGCUCCAGUCUCUUUACAUGUUGAACAAUACUUUCCAUCAGAUGUUGGUUAGGUUAUUGAAACGAGAUCCAGUUCCGAAAAAGGGAUCAGUGUACUCGUCAGCGCCUCCUGUGCCACAACACAUUAUUGCACUCAUUCAAUAAUUGUGCUGAUUCUAUUUCCACAUUGAGAGCUUUUUUCUUCUCUCCUAAGUAAAAAGUGAUUUCUUUAAGAGCCUUGAUAACUUACAGCAUCUGUUUUUAUUCCAAACUUGUUUUUCCUUUUUCUUAGCUGUGAAGUUUUUAUUGGCUCUCUAAAUCUUCUAAUUGUUGUUGGUGUAGUUUUUCAUAAUCAUUUUGCUCAUUUUAAUCAAAUUAUAUGAAGGCAUAACAAUAAAAGUGAAGCCAAAGUUGCCUUUCUUAAGCCAGUAAAUUCAUUUGUGCCUCUUACAAAAUCAAAAUGGUAAUUACCUGAUUGUGUCUUAUCAAAAUAAAGUUCUUUUCUAUUACGA